AGAAAAAAGAAACAAAAAUAUAUUUACCAAAUAAAAUUGCAUUUCUUAACACAAAAUGGACAAUGAUGAAGUGAAGCGAGGUCGUGGACGUGGUCGCGGCUCUCGGGCACGAGGCCGCGGACGUGGACGUGGCCGAGGACGCGGUAAAAAAAUUGAUGACACUGGCAUUGCCCUGGAAACAUAUGAAAAUAGUGUUGGCAAUGUUUUAGCCGCCGCCGCCGUCACCGGCGCCACCUCAAACAAUGUCAGCGGAUUGGAGGACAGUCCAAGCAGCCUAGAGCACACAGAGGAUGUGGCAAUGCAAGACCUGGACAAGGAAAACGAAAUAGAUGUGGCUUCCACAGCGAACGACGAGCAAUUGACACCCAUUCAGGAUAUGACGCCGCCACAAACAUUGCCGCCGCCGCCGCCACUUCAACAGCAACAGCAGCAGGUAGUGCUGCCAGUGUUACCAAAGCCAAUUGAUAUGGAGGCGGAUAUCUCACAGCUGGAGGCGCCCACGUUUACAACGUUGUCCCGCGGGCCACCGGAGCCAAUGCUGCGCCUCAAGUGGAACCACAAGGUGAGCCUGAUUGGCGAAAAAGUGCUCAAUCCGAUGAUCCACUGCUGUGACCGGUGCGACAAACCGAUUCUCGUCUACGGCCGCAUGAUACCCUGCAAGCAUGUGUUCUGCUUGAAAUGCGCCCGCGCCGAGCCCAUCAAGUGUUGUCCCCGCUGCAACGACAAGGUGCUGCGCGUGGAGCAAUCCGGUUUGGGCACCGUCUUCAUGUGCACCCAUGGAGGGAGUCGCUACGGCAGCACUGGGUGUCGUCGCACAUAUUUGUCGCAGCGUGAUCUGCAGGCGCACAUCAAUCAUCGGCAUGUGGCGAUGUUGGCACCGCCCUUGACAACGGCCACUGGGUCGGGCGUCGUCGUUGAGCCCAAGCUGAUGACGGAAUUGAGCGGCCUGGAGUUGCAUAAGCAGCGCAAGCUAUCCGAAUCCUCUGUCGCCUCAUCCGCUGCUGCUGCAGCUGUUGCUCAUCUGCAGCAACGGUCAUCGGUGCGUGGUCCAGUCGGUGGCAUUGGAUCGAUACCACCACCGGGUUCAUCCGAUCGCAUUGCCGUCCACUCGCACUCAACGCUCACGCUGGCAAAUUUGGCGCGCAUCAACAAUGCUAAUGCGCAGGAUUGCCAUCAGGGCAAGGCGUCACUGCAUCAGACCCUUAAGAAGGGCGUCGGCGGCACCCAUCAGUCCGAAUCGGUAGCCGAUGCCUCCUACUACAGCAGUGUGUUGGCCUCCUUUGGCAGUGCUGGCGGCGGCACGGGUCCAGGUGCAUCCGGCAGCAGCCAGGUGACUGGUUCAAGUGGUGCGGUGGGCGGAGUUGGAGUCGGUACAUCUGGUGUCGGUGUAGCUGCGGCAGCUGGCGGCAAUGUGAUCGGGGAUCGAAAUCCCGCCCAGCUGGCAAACGGCUACGAGUCGGGCAAUGUGGCAGGCAGCUCUACUGGUAGCAACUGGCAGCAAGCGCAAUAUUACAGAUGAGAGAAACCAUUCGACAGAUGAGCUGCACUCAUUUUAUGCAUGAAAUCAAACACUUAAUUAUUGUACAAAUAAAAUGUUGUAUAUGGAGAAAAAACUAUCGUCUAGAUAAUAAGUCAAAAUUGUUUGCAGACAUUUUUACUCAGUUUACGUUGUAGUAAUAAACUUAACUAUUUUUAUUGAGCAUUA